GCUGUCCCUGCUUCAGACCCAGGGCAGGUCGUUCAGUGAAUCACAGCUCUCCUCACUCUUUCGUUCCCUCCGUGCCCUGAGCUUCCAGCUGAAGAAGAUGCCUCUGCAGUCCACCCUGUCUGGCAGGAGCUCCAGCUCCAUCCAGGCCGAGAGCACUCAGUGGGGCGGGAAAACCUUUGAGCAGCUCAGACAGGAGUGUCUUCAGAAGGGGGUCCUGUUUGAGGACCCAGACUUCCCUGCCACUGACUCUUCACUGUAUUUCAGCCAGAGCGUUCCUGUUCAGAUUCAAUGGAAGAGGCCCAAGGAGAUUUGUGACAGCCCAAAGUUCAUUGUGGGCGGAGCCGACAGGACUGAUAUUUGCCAAGGACAGCUUGGUGACUGCUGGCUCCUGGCAGCCAUCGCUUCUUUGACUAUGAAAAAAGACGCUCUUGCUCGGGUUGUCCCCCAUGAUCAGGACUUUGAGCACAAAUACGCUGGCAUCUUCCACUUCCAGUUCUGGCAGCACAACAAAUGGCUGGAUGUGGUGGUGGACGACAGACUGCCCACAGUCAGAAAUCGUCUCAUCAUGCUCCACUCUGCCUCCAACGACGAGUUCUGGAGCGCUCUCAUGGAGAAAGCCUACGCCAAGCUACAUGGCAGCUACGAGUCCCUGAAAGGUGGCAGCACCAUGGAGGCUAUGGAGGACUUCACAGGUGGAGUUGGUGAAAUGUACGAAACAAAGACUGCUCCAAGCGACCUGUUCCUAAUCAUGAAGAAGGCUCUGGACCGGGGCUCCAUGAUGGGAUGCUCUAUUGAUAUCACCAGCUCUGCAGAAUCUGAGGCAAGAACAACCACAGGCCUCGUGAAGGGACAUGCAUACUCCAUCACAGGCUUGGAGGAAGUGAAGUUCAGAGGUCAGACAAUAAAGCUGGUCCGAAUCAGAAACCCCUGGGGUCAGGUGGAAUGGAACGGGCCCUGGAGUGACAAUUCCAGAGAGUGGGAUUAUGUUGACAAAGCAGAGAAAAAUCGCAUCUUGCAGAUCUCAUCUGAUGACGGUGAAUUCUGGAUGGAGUUUGAGGACUUCAAAAAGAACUAUGACAAAGUUGAGAUCUGCAACAUGACCCCCGAUGCUCUCAAUGAGGAUGUGAAGCGCCACUGGGACGUCAACGUUUUUGAGGGCAACUGGAUCCGCGGCUCCACUGCUGGAGGAUGCAGGAACUUCGUUGACACUUUCUGGACCAACCCACAGUACCAGCUGCAUCUGGAGGAUGCUGAUGAUGAUGAUGAUGACGUGUGCAGUGUUGUGAUCGCCGUGAUGCAGAAAAACAGACGAAAACUGAGGAAAGAAGGCCUGGACCUGGAGACAAUUGGCUUCGCUGUGUAUGAGGCUCCAGAUGAGGAAGAUCAAGUGGGAAAGGAUUUCUUCCGUUACCAUGCAUCCAAGGCUCGUAGCAGAACUUACAUCAACAUGCGGGAAGUGUCGGAGCGUUUCACCCUGCCCCCCGGGAAAUACCUGCUGGUCCCCACUACCUUCCAACCCCACCACGAGGCUGACUUCCUCGUUCGCAUCUUCUCUGAGAAAAAGGCCGGAGCUCUAGAGAUGGGAACCACUGUUGAUGCCGACCUGCCAGAUCCGCCCAAGCCCAGCGCUCCUGAGGAUGAGUCGGAGGAAGAGAAAGGUCUGAGGAGGCUGUUUGAGCAGCUCGCGGGUUCGGACAAGGCCAUCUGUGUCAUGGAGCUGCAGCAGAUGCUGAACGGAGUCCUCAGCAGACGAAAAGAGAUCAAAUUUGACGGCCUGAGUCUCAGCACCUGUCACAGCAUCAUCAACCUGAUGGACGUGGACAACACUGGGAAGCUGGAGUUUCAAGAGUUUAAGGUGUUCUGGGAGAAGAUGAAGAAGUGGAUUAUGCUCUUCCUGGCUUUUGACACGGAUCGAUCAGGGAAGAUGUCGUCAUACGAGCUGCGCAACGCUCUCAAAGCCACAG